UUCAUGUGUUAGUAUAUAUAUAAGCAUUAAAGGAGUGUGUUGCCUAUGUCGUGUGUUUUAUUUACAAAUAUUGGCUGUGGUGGCGUCUAAUUUCAUUGGAUAAAAAAAGGGAGUAAUUCUCAAACAAGUAACUUUAAUACGUAGCGGCAACCCUAUUUAAGCAGCACAAUCCUGUGCAUUUUUAAGUGACAAAAAGUAUAAAAUAAUUUUAAGCAGAGAGGCAACGCUGCGGCAGAGCAGGAAUGUAUUCAGUGACGAAACUGUUAGCACCAUAGUAGAAACGUAUAAGUUAAAAACAUUCGGUAGAUGAAAGCUAAGAAGUGUAUUUUCCGGUUAAUAGAUCAAUAAAAUAUACAACAUUAAUUUUACAAUUUAUUUAUAAAUUCAAUCGGUGUAGCGCAUUUUUGUCAAUACGGUUUCUAAAUUUGGACAAAAGCACAAAUCAAGGGUGUUUCCUGUGAAUAUUGCAAACAGCAGCCAACACCUUUCACCACCUCUCACACUUUAUUCAAUCCUCUCACUAUCAUUCGGAUACCUGUUGGCACAUCAGACGGAAUUGAUUGUAGUUGCAAUUUGAUAGUUUUUAUAACUUGAAGCAUUUAUUUAAUUUAGUGUUAAGCGUGCAUUCACAUAUAUAGACCUUAACAAUUAAGGAUCUACUUUGACUCUGCCUACGUGCUGCAAGUCAAUCAUAGAACGAUGGCGGAAGCAAACGCAGCAACAACAGCUGCUUCACAAUCUUCCAGUAGAAACGGCACCGCUGGAAAUACUGUGGCAUCAGCGACAGCUGUACCAGUGGCCGCUGUGUCAGCUGCAGCUGCAAAUCCCAAUGCGGAAGUAAUACGAGGACAAUUAUUUGAGGUCGGACCUCGCUACAGGGACCUAACAUAUAUUGGCGAGGGUGCAUAUGGUAUGGUCGUAUCCGCUUUAGAUACUUUAACAAAUACGAGAGUUGCUAUUAAAAAGAUAUCACCAUUUGAGCAUCAGACAUAUUGCCAGCGAACUUUACGCGAAAUUAAAAUCUUAACACGUUUCAGGCAUGAAAACAUUAUUGAUAUAAGAGAUAUAUUGCGCGUGGAUAGCAUAGAGCAAAUGAGGGAUGUAUAUAUUGUACAGUGCUUAAUGGAGACUGAUCUUUAUAAACUACUCAAAACUCAGAGGCUAAGCAAUGAUCAUAUAUGCUAUUUUCUGUAUCAAAUUUUGCGUGGUUUAAAAUAUAUUCACUCAGCAAACGUUCUGCAUCGUGAUUUAAAACCCAGUAAUCUUUUGUUAAAUACAACUUGUGAUCUUAAGAUAUGCGAUUUCGGUUUGGCACGAGUUGCCGAUCCUGAACACGAUCACACGGGCUUCCUUACGGAAUAUGUUGCCACUCGGUGGUACCGAGCACCGGAGAUUAUGCUCAAUUCAAAGGGAUACACAAAAUCCAUAGAUAUAUGGUCAGUGGGUUGCAUUUUAGCAGAAAUGCUUAGUAAUCGGCCUAUAUUUCCUGGAAAACACUACCUGGAUCAGUUAAAUCAUAUAUUGGGUGUUUUAGGGUCACCUUCUAAAGAAGAUUUAGAAUGUAUUAUAAAUGAAAAGGCACGCAAUUAUUUAGAAUCAUUGCCGUUUAAACCAAAGGUGCCAUGGUCACGGCUGUUUCCUACUGCUGAUCCACUUGCACUAGAUUUACUUGGUAAGAUGUUAACAUUUAAUCCUCAUAACCGAAUACCUGUUGAAGAAGCAUUGGCGCAUCCUUAUUUGGAGCAGUAUUAUGAUCCUGGUGAUGAGCCCGUCGCUGAGGUGCCUUUUAGAAUUGGCAUGGAACUAGAUGAUCUUCCAAGAGAGACACUAAAAACUCUCAUAUUUGAAGAAACGCUUAAGUUUAAAGAACGACAACCGGAUCAGGCAGUGUAAAUGUUUUGCUGUUUCGCAAGCUUUUUAUUUAAAUACAUUUUUUAAUUUUAUCGUUUUUAUUUUUUCAAUAUUAUUCAAUAAUAUUUUAUUGUUUAUUGUAAUUUUAAAAAUAUCAUGAAAAAGUAAAAGUAUCAGGAAUUUGUUGUUUUGUAAUAUUUAUUCUACGUAAACAAUAGAAAAAAUAUAUAAAUAUGGAUGAGAUAUCAAGAUAUUUUUAAGAUUAUAAACAAGAAAUAUUUAAGUAUUUUUCAUGUUUCUCUGUGUUAUAAGGUUUUUAUCUUCUUUUUUGUACACAGUCUAACUAUGUGAGCAUCAAGUUUGAUUAGCAAUUAUACUUAAAAGAUUUUGGUUAAAAUAUUAUUUAAGCAAACGUUAUACGUUUAGAGAACUUUUUUGAUUUUGGUAAGGCACAUAUAUGUAAACGCAAUAUGCAUGAGAACUAUAUUAUAUAAAUUUGUGCAUAUGUUGUGUAGUGAAUUCAAAUCGAUUUUAUGUAUGAAAUGUUUAAUUGAACUAUAUUUUCUUAAUGCACCAUUUUUCUCUUAAUUAUAUAUAAGCGAACAUGUUGUAAUAUAUAUGCAAAUAUCUGUCGUCAAAGUGACAUUGAUAAUUGCAUUUGCGACAGACGAGAGAUAAUUAGAGCAAUUUAUAUUUAGUAGUAAUAACUUAUAUCUAUCGUAUAUCAUAUGUAAUAGUAU